UGAACCGGAUGAACCAAAACAACAAAAAAGGAGAUCGGAAAAGUUGAUUAAAAGUCGAACUUGUGUUUUUCAUAAAAUAGUGGUAAAAUAAUCAGUUUUAAAGUGAAAUAUAAGGAUGUCGGUUAACGUAGAGAUAAAGUUGCGUCGAGCGAAUAAAAUUUACUACGAAGGGGAAACCAUCAGCGGAGUACUACAAAUAACUUGCGGCUCGGAAAUUAAACAUGAUGGAAUCACACUGUUACUUGAAGGCUUGGUAAAUUUAACAAUCUCCAACAAAAAUGUUGGCAUCUUCGAGGCCCUCUAUAACUCUGUUAAGCCGAUUACCCUGCUAAAUCAGCACAGCGAUCUGGCUCCUUCCGGCAAGCUACCAAUCGGCAUUACGGAAAUCCCGUUCGAGAUGCCCCUAAUCUGCCCGAAGGAGCCAAAAAUCCUAUAUGAAACGUACCACGGCGUUUUUGUAAACAUCACCUAUCUCCUGAAAGCCGAAGUGAAGCGAAGCUUCCUCGCCAAAAGUGUCUUCAAAGCCCAGCAAUUCAUCAUCCAGUACCGACCGGUGCGUCCCGCAGAGCCCAAAUCCGAGAUCAGCUUCUCCAUCAGUCCGGAAACGCUGCAAAAGACGGCCAAGGAGCGCAUUUCGAUACCGCGCUUCCUGAUAACCGGCGUGCUGGACUCGACGGAAACGUGCGUGACGCAACCGUUCACCGGAAGCCUCACGGUUCACCACACGGAAGUGCCGAUCAAGUCGAUCGAGAUGCAGCUGGUUCGCGUUGAAACGUGUGGCUGUGCGGAGGGCUUUGCCAGGGACGCCACGGAGAUCCAGAAUAUCCAGAUUGCGGAGGGAAACGUUUGCCCGAAGAUUGCCGUUCCGAUCUACAUGACGUUCCCAAGGCUGUUUACAUGCCCGACCUUGAUCACGAAGAACUUUAAAGUUGAGUUCGAGAUAAAUUUGGUGGUGAUCUUUGGAGACGAUUAUCUGGUUACCGAGAAUUUCCAAAUUAUGUUGAACAGAACUUCUUAAGUGCUUUAAAUAUUCCAUUGUCAACAUUCUUUG